AUGAUUUUUAAAUUAUUAAUUUUAUUAAUUUUUAUAAAAAUUACCUUUAUAAAUACAUUAAUAACAAAAAGUUAUUACGUUAAUAAAUCAGGUAGUGAUUUCAGUGGUAAUGGUACAAUUGAUAAUCCAUUCAAAAGUUUAUGCAACCCUUUAUUAUCAAUAAUAAAUGAAAUUAAAGAUCCUUAUACAAAUGUUAACGUUUUUAUUGGGAAUGGAUAUUAUUACAACUUAAAUUGUACUAAGAAAUUUAAUAAUAAUAAUAUAAAUAUAAUAUCAUUUUCACCUUAUAAAGAGAACUAUAAUCAAAGUGAUAUAACUAUAUCAAAUUUUAAUUUUCAAGUGAUAAAUAGUAUUGUUCAAUUUAUCAGAUUGAAAUUAAUAUAUGAUAUAGAAAACAAUGGUUUAGAAAAGAUAAAGAUAAAUGAUAAUGCACAAUUGAUAAUAUCAGGUUGUGAAGUCACACUGGAAAAUCAAUUAAAAAGCUCCUAUUUCAUUCAUUCUAAUAGAUCUCACAUUGGCAUAAUAAAUUCAAAUAUAAAAUCCUCUUCAAAGAUUAUGUACAUUGAGGAAGAUAGUAGUGGACAAAUUAGGAAUUGUAUAUUCAAAGAUAUAAUAUCAAAUCAACAAUCAAUUGUAGUAAUAGAUAGUUACUUAAAUACAGAAGAUGUAAUUUUUGAAAACAUUUACUCGAUUGGAACUAGUUUUUUAACUUCAAAUUCUAGCACCGUAACAUUUAAUAAUUGUAGUUUUUCAAAUUUAAUUAUCGAUGGUUUUCACCCAUUUUCAACAACUUCAGAUUCAUUAAUUAAUUUUAGUGGAUUUACAAUCAAAAAUUCAUUUUUUCAAAGAGGAUUUCUAAGAAUUAAAAAUUCAAAUACAUCAAUUGAGAAUGGAGUUUUUUUAAAUAAUAAAGCGUAUGGGUUUAAUUUAGAAACAGAUUCUUUGAUUAUUAUAGAGGAUAGUGAUGUCGUUGAUAUAUUUGAUUGUAGUUUUAAAGUAAUGAUUCAAUCAUCAACAUUUAUAGAUAAUAUUAGUACUUUUUUAGUUUCAAAUAAUAGUUUUGUCUUUGUUGUUGAUGUUGAAUUUUCAAAUUGUAAAUCUUCACUUUCAAAGUUUUUAUUCUCCUUAUAUCAAUCAAACUCACUUUUAGAUAGAAUUUCAAUAUUUUCAAAUUCAUUUAUGGGUUCAGUUGUUCAGUGUAUUGAAUGUUCUCUAACUUUUGAAAAAUUAAAAUUUCAAGAUAAUGAAUUUUUUAAAAAUCCAUUAUAUUUUAAUGAUGAUGAUGAUGAUAUUAGUGAUUAUAAUGAUAAUGAUUUUCCAAGUGCUGCAAUCAAUAUUAAAGAUGGUCAUUUAAAUAUAGUAAAUUCAACUUUUCAAUCAAAUAUUCAUUGGUCAAAUAAUUUAAUUAGAAUAAAAGAAAAAAGUGAUAUUAAUUUUACAAAUACAUUAUUUAUUAAUAAUGAAAUAAAAAAAGAAAAUUUUAAUUUAAUUUCAAUUGAUUACUCAAUAUUAAGAUUUAAAUCUAUAAAUUUUAAAAACACAAAAACGAUUAGUGGUGCAAUUGGUAUUUUUAAUAAUUCUUUAUUUGGUUCAACUAAUUCAAAUUAUUCUAAUAAUUAUUGCUCACAGAGUGGCUCUAUUUUUUAUUUUAAUAAUAAUUCAAAUUUUAUCAACUCUACUACAAAUGCAAAUGAUGAUGAUGAUGAUGAAUUAACAAAUAAUACAUUCACUAAUAAUCAUGCUAUAAUAUCUGGUGGUGUAUUAUUCUCAAUGGAUUCAAUAGUUUUAGAUAUUCAAGAUGAUAAAUUCAAUAACACAUUUUCAAACAAUAGUGCGUUUUUUGGAAAUAUAUAUGCAUCAAAUCCAACAUCAAUUAGAGUAGAAUUACCAUCAACCACUAAUUUAAGAUUAGAAUCAACUAUUAAAUUAUAUGACCAAUAUGAAAAUUUAAUUAUACGAAAUGUUUAUGAUAUUCAAGUUAUAGUUACUAUGAUUAAUAAUAAUAAUGGUUCAUCAACAUCUAUUAUUAAAACAUUUAAUACAGCAAUUAAAAAUGGUUUUGGUUUAUUUGAUUUUUCAUUUAAAACAAUUGAUAAAAAUGGUGAAUCAAUUUAUAUCUAUAGUAACUAUUAUAAUUUUACAAUUUAUACCAAUAUAUCAUUACCAAAUAUUCCAAAUUAUAAUGGCACUUUUAUAUUAGAUUCUUCAAACCUCUGCCCUCUUCAAUAUCAAUAUUACGAUAAUGGUGAAUGUAAAUUUUGUCCAGUAGGUACUACCCUCUCAAGUUUAUUAUAUGCAAGUGGUAAAGCAUCAUGUGUAAAUUGUUUUUCAAAUACUGUUUGUUUAGGAUCAAUGGUUUAUACUUUUGAUAAUUAUUACUUAUUAAUUGAUAAUAAAACAGCGAUUGGUACAUAUCAAUGUCCGGUGGGAAUGUGUGGAAAUUAUGGUUCAUGCAUUGCUACUCAAAAUACAGGUUUAUUAUGUUUAGAAUGUGUUGAUGGAAACAGUAAAAAUGGAUUCUAUUGUUGUUCUUCAAGUUCUCCAUGGUUAAUUAUAGUUUACAUUAUUUUUAUUAUUUUAUUUGGUUUAUCAUUUUCGUUAAUUAAAUAUUGUGAUAGAUUAUCAAUUUCAAUUUUUAAAUCAACAAUUGUAUUCUUUCAAAUUAAUUCAAUGAUUUUCUAUGCAUAUCCAGGUUUAUACUUUAUUCAAUUGUUUAGAUUCUCAAUUGAUUUCAUUUCGAACAUUUGUAUUUUCAAUAAAUUUAAUUACAUUUAUAAAUCAAUGCUUACAUUAAUAUCAAUUAUAAUUGUUAUUGGAUUAUCACAAACUCAUAUUUCAUUAACAAUUUUAAUUAAAUUAAAUUUAUUCCCUAAAUGGACUAAAAAAUUAUUAUUAAAAUCCAAAAAAUUAACAAAUAAUUAUAAUAAUAAUAAUAAUUUUAAUUCAAUAUAUAAUUUAUAUUUAAUUUUAUUUCAACCAAUUAUUUAUAAUUUAAUAUCAAUAUUAUCAGUGAAAAAUAUAAAUGGUAAAAAGUUUUUAUCAAUUGAUCCAUCAACAUCAUUUUUAGAAAAUAGUCAUUUUAAAGUAGUAAUUUCAUUUAUUAUUAUAAUUUCAAUUUUAUUAUUAUUAUCAAUACCAGUUAUUUUAAUAAUUUCAAAUUUUAAAAAAAUUAAUUUUUUAAUUAUUAAAAAUUAUUAUUAUAAAAAAUCUUUUAAAUAUUGGGAUUUACUUUGGUUAUUAAUUAAUACUUUAAUUUGUAUUUUCAGUAUUACUCUAUUAUAUUCACCAAAUCACCAAAUUAUAGUAAUUUUUACAAUAGUUUCAAUUUUUUCUUUUUUAAAUUAUUAUUUUGAACCUCAAAGAAAUCCAAAAAUUUAUCAAUUUGAAAAUUUUAUCAAUUUAUUACGAAUCAUUAUUAUAUCUAUUGUUGGAUCUUUUGUUUUUCAAUCAAUUCCUUUAAAAUUUAAUGAUUUAAUUGUCAAGAAAUAUAAUGAGUGCGAGGUAGGCUGGAUUAUAAAAAACCGUCACUUUCAUCUUUUAUUGUAUAUACUUAAAAAAGAUAUUGAAAAAAGGGACCAAUUCACAGAAAAAUUAUUUUAUAAAUUUUUAGAAGGUAAUAGUGAAUUAGAUUUACUUAAAGAAAUGUUUUAA